AUGGUUAAGAUCGCGUUGGCUGGUGGCUCAGGAAAUGUCGCCUCUGAGAUCAUCGACGUACUAGUCGCCACAAACAAACACGAAAUCAUUAUCCUGUCUCGAAGUACCAAACAGAAACGCGAGGCUCCUGCGGGCGUAACUUAUGUCACGAUGAACUACGAUGACCCAGAGCAGUUAGCCGACGUGUUGCAAGGGGUGCAUACUGUAUUGUCCUUCAUUAGCGAAGACCAAAAUUCGGAGAGCCCGGUGCAGAAAAGACUCAUCGAUGCAGCAAUUAGGGCUGGUGUGCAGCGCUUCGCACCUAGCGAGUGGGCCUCCUCAAAAUUGGAUUAUACAGAUUGGUACGCGUACAAAGGAGCUACGCGCGAAUAUCUCCAGAAGAUCAACGAGGACAAGAAGGCAAAAUCAGUGCUUGAGUACACACUUUUCCAGCCGGGCUUGUUCAUGAACUAUCUGACCUACCCGUACGCUUCAACCAGACAUUUACACCUGAUGGACACGCCACUCAACUUCAACAACCGCCGCUUCAUCACACUGAAAGGCGGAGAUGAGUCCCGUAUCAACUUCGUCACCGUGGAGGAUUUUGCUCAAAUUGUCGCGAAGGCGAUCGAUUACGAAGGUGAGUGGCCAACCAAUGGCGGUAUCCGUGGCUCCGAGAUUUCCAUCGGAAACUUGAUCCUUCUGGGAGAGAAGAUACGUGGCGGCACUUUUGACGUCACCCAACUCGAACGUUCCGAUAUUCUGGCUGGCAAGUGGAAGGCGCCAUGGGCACCAGUGAUCGAUCAUCCAUCUUUGCAGAAAGAGCAAGUGGAAGCGAUGUCUAAGCACAUUGCUGGUAGGCUCUUGCUCUCGAUCGAAGCUGGUGGGUGGCUGGUGAAUGAUACCUGGAAUAGCUUGUUUCCCGAAUACAAAUUCGCGAAGCUGGAGGAGUUUCUGACAGAAGCUUGGGAAGGAAAGCCAUGAUUGAGCGUGAAAGCUCUCACAGAUCCGCAGCACUCGCCAAUGCAGAAACAAUUUCAAGCUAGACGUAUUGAACUGCUGCGAAAGCGGAGAGCAAGACCAGCAGUAGCCAUUGCAAAGUCUGGUUCUCGCGAAAAUGAGAUCAUAAGUGAGGCAUUGUUCAGCUACACCUUCAGCGACUUCUUGAAGCCCAGGUCGGUCCAGUCUGACUGAUUCAGAAUUUUGUUCUCGAACGUUUGAGCAGUCAAUUGGCUUUUG